CUUAACAACGCGGAAAUGACUGUCGAGUCGAGGAGCUUUGUUUGAGCCAGAAUCGUCGCAGCUGGAGUUUCAGAGUUGAGAUUCGUAGGUUUGUUAAAAGCUUAGCGUGUUUAAGAUAGCAAUUGCCUUCUGUACUAUAAAGUUAAAGACUAUAUUGGACAAGGAUAUUUCCAGUUAGGCAGAAUAAAGCAGCGUCGGCACAGAAGGGAAGGCGGUGUUUUUUUUCUAUAUAACGUGCUGGCCUACUGAGACACAUAUCGAGAUGGAUAUCUGUGCAUCCUCCGCGUCUCUCCUGGAAGAAGAACUCGUCUCUGCUAUCGAGCCUGCAGUGAAAGCGGCUGUGCUGAGCGUCAUGUCUGCGUUAGCAAAGUUCGUGGACAGUAAAUGUGCAGUUUUCCACCUGAGACUGGACGAAAGAGACAAAGAAUUUGAAAGCGUGAGAUUGCGAUUGGAAAUCGCGGAGAGCGAGUUGAAAGCAGUAAGAGAACGAGAAUGCAUGAACACUGCCGAUAAGAACUUCACACACUCUCUCACAAACCCCAGUGAACAAUACUCCGGGCUUGAUAUUGAUUUCUUUCAUCUACACGAGAAGGAAACAGUGGAGGAUCCUGUGAAUAACACCCGGGUCAGCGACAGCAUUAUUGCUCACGGCCUGUCAGCCCCUGCACGGGGUCGCUCCACUGCACCAGUUCAGCCGAUCAGGGACCCGGUGCCUGCAGUCCAGCCCGCACUGAAAAACUCCCGGGUUUUAAUCCAGGAGGAUGGAACCUAUUCCGAGCAGGACCUUCUGAUGCGAGGUGAUGAACACAGGGGCCACACAAGCACAGCGGGGUGGACGAGAGCAGUGAAAACAGAGAGAAAUGCUCUCCCUCAUGCUGAGGAAGGGCCGAAGGCAGAAUCAGUUCCCAUUCAAGAGGAGCUCUUUGACCAGGAAUGGUGCAGGAGUCCAAAGCAGGCUCCAGAGCUGACAUCUAUUGAAGGGGAGGAGGAGAAACCUGCACUGGAUCCUGUCCACGUUAAUGAGGAGAUCCGUAGACCCCAGCAAAUUCAAACUGGGGAGAAACCGCAUGGCUGCACUGUGUGUGGGAAGAGUUUCAGUCGAUCAGCAGAGCUGAAAAGACACCAGCGAAUUCACACUGGAGAAAAAAGCUAUCACUGCAAUGAAUGUGAGAAGAGCUACAAAUAUUCACACCACCUGACAACACACCAGCGCAUUCACACAGGAGAAAAACCAUAUCGCUGCAGCGACUGUGGGAAGAAUUUUAAUACGAAAGAAGAGCUGAAAAGACACCAGCGAACGCACACAGGAGAAAGACCGUACUGCUGCCCUGAAUGCGGGAAGAGAUUUAAACACUUACACCACCUCACAACACACCAGCGCAUUCAUGGAGCACAGGAGCAUGCAUUGAAUAUGGGCAGAGUUUCAAACGCCUAUGCAGCAUUACAACACAGCAGCACAUUCAUGGAGGAGGAGGACAUGCAGUGAAUGUGAACAUAAGAACAUAAGAAAGUUUCCAAACGAGAGGAGGCCCCAUUCAGCCCAUCUUGCUCGUUUGGUUGUUAGUAGCUUAUUGAUCCCAGAAUCUCAUCAAGCAGCUUCUUAAAGGAUCCCAGGGUGUCAGCUUCAACAACAUUACUGGGGAGUUGGUUCCAGACCCUCACAAUUCUCUUUGGGAAAAAAAGUGCCUCCUUUUUUCUGUUCUGAAUGCCCGUUUAUCUAAUCUCCAUUUGUGACCCCUGGUCCUUGUUUCUUUUUCCAGGUCAAAGAAGUCCCCUGGGUCGACAUUGUCUAUACCUUAUGUGGGGAGAGUUUCAUUGCAAAAGCAGAACUGAAAGGACACCUGCUAACUACAAAUUAUUUCUUGAACUGACUUUACACCAGAGAAUUCAGAAAGGAGGGAGGAUUUAAGCUGAGAGAACACAAAGUCACCUUUUCAGGAACAGGGGCGUGAAACCUGGUUCCAGGAGACCUGGAGAACUAGUUUGAGGCAACUUUGCUGAAUCAAACCCCAAGUCUCCCCUGGUGUGCCGUGCAGGGGUCUGAAACUUAGUCUCCUGAAACCAAGCUCCAAGCCUCAAAGUGGCUUCGUGUUCCCUUAGCUGAACAAGUGUACUGAAUAUGAGAAGAGCUUAUUUGGAACAAUUAAUAAUACACCAGACCCUUAGCUUAAAAUAUUUUUUGAUAAUAAAAAAAUAAUUUGCUGUUUAUUAAACUGCUUUGGAGAGUUAAGUCAGCAGUGAUUUAUUAAAGUGGUGUGAGUACGAGCUUUGUUUAAUGAAUACAAACAGAUUUCAGAUGCCUCUGAGGCUGUCUGAACAGGGUUUCAAGAUUAGAUCUCUGUCAUUUAGAGAACAGCAAUAAAAACUCAAUGAUAUAACCUAAAGGAUGUGUGGUCUAGGUUAACAGAAUUAACAGUGGAUUGAAAAAAUGCAAGUGUUUUUUUUUUUAUUCUGUAUAAAUAAACUUCAGUAUUUUAGCAAAAAGCCUCUU